UCCCUCCCUGCUCUCUGAUUGGAGGCUGGGAGUGGCACCAGCCUAUCAGCGCUGUCCCCGGGAUUGUUUGGAUUUAAAUGUCCUAUAAGUGUCGCAGCGCUGACAGUGUGAGCUCAGAGAUUAUUCUGGGCUGCUCCCUCACUAGUGUUCUAUGGCUAACCUGUCCCAGUGCCUGGAUGAUGCCCCCCUGGGCAGCCGCCUCCCCGCUGCAGCCCCCCCUGACCUGUACAGCGAGGCUCAGCGCCUGGCUUUGGAGGAACUGGUGUCUGGAGGGCCGGUGGCACUGAGGGGCUUCCUGCAGAAGGAGAGGGUCCCUGGGUUCCUGUCUGAGCCCGAGGUGGGGGAGAUCCUGAGCUGCGCUGCCUCCCUGCAUUGCCCCGAUGACGAGCUGUCGGUGUCCGCUUCAGUGGACUGUUCCUCGGUGACUUACUUCCCCGAGCGCUCCGAUGUGGAGCCCCCGAUGCUGGAGCUCGGCUGGCCGGCUUUCAGCGCUGGGUCCUACCGAGGAGCCACCCGGGUGGAGACACACUUCCAGCCCAGCUAUGGGGAGACCAUCUACAGCUGCAAGGAGGCGGUCAGGGCCCUGAUCAGGGCUGCCAGGGAGGUGGGUGGCAGUGCUGGGGGAUCUAUUGGGUGUCAUGUUUUAAAGGGUGGGGGGAUCCAGUGAUCGGAACCUUGGUAACCAGCUAGGGUUGUCAGGGAAAGCUGGCACAAUGGGUAGUAGCUAAAAAGUGCUGACAUAAGGUAUGUAGAAUUUAUAAGCAAUAUGAGGGAAUUAACUGAAAUCUUCACGACUGAUGAUUUUUGGACUUCAACCCUGAGUUGGUUUCAAUUCUUCAAACGACAUGGCAUCACUUUCCAUGCACUGCUCAUAGACAUGUACUAAUAACGUGCACAGAGAAACGUGGUAGAUCAGGCAAUCAUUAGGUCCGAUUUUGUUAAAAUUGUUUACUGAGCACCAUGAGGGACGUAACCCAUUACAGCGUGAAGGUCAUCAAUGGUAACUUUGUUGGGAGGUAGAUGGCUGCAUGACUGAUCUCUCAUGAAAUACCCCAUCACAUGCUAGAAUUUCAGUCUGAAGCCCUCUCAGAAAUCCAUAAAACUAACUUCUUUAGGAAAGCACGUUCAUUUUUAAUGGUUAUCAAAUUCUCCCCUCUUACCAACCUUUUCCUCAAUAAUGUCACUCUCAGGGUGAUCCACUAAACUUCAAAUUGUAGUAAAUAAAAUUCGCAUAGAAAAAUUCUAAGAACAAAGUAUGAUCAUAAUUGUACACAUGAUAACAUUUCAGUUGCGUUCCUGUCCUACGACACAAAUAAGCCAGAGGCUGGCACUCCUUAAAAUAAAGUAAUGGAUCUAAAUAUUCCCAUUGGAUUGAUACAACAUACUAUGAUUAAUUUUAACUCUUUUUUUUUUAAAUUUUAGGUUAUUUUGGGAAGAAUUCUUCCACUCUAUAACUCCACCUUGACUACUUUGGCAGAAAUUUUAUUUUAAUUGGUUUCCAACAAUUUAUAACUUUUGUAAAUAAGCCCGCAUGUAUAAAUAUUGAUUUGUUUUAACUGUUUAAAUUAACAUGUUUGCACAUUCUUCAUUUUUAUUCCAAAACAAACAUGAAUAUUAUAAUGAUAUAAAUAUUGUGCUUUCACUAUUCGAUAAGACAAUAAGUAGUUUAUAAAUGCAACAACUUUUUCUAACCUAUUAAAAGUUAAUACAUGCAUGGCGUACGCCCUAAUUCAGGGGUUCUUACCCCUUGGAAUGAGACCAAAAUAGUUCACCUUGUUGUUUCAGUGGGUGCCUGUCGGAACUGCUUAGAAUAAAUGGUUUACUAAAGCAUUCCUGCCUUCAACAGGGGAAGGGGUCCUAUUUGACACAGUUUAAUGAACGUGCUUUGCGGAACUUAAUUUUUUAUUUUUUUUUAAGUGAAGAAUAGACCACUGAUCGAGUUUUAAAAGGAAAGCAUGGGUUAACCAGUUUAAUGCAUUAUAGGUCACUUUCAGAAAGUGAAGAACCAUGGUGUAGGUCAAUCAUGGAGAUGUAUGAGGACCCAUUCAAUUUACCCCCUACCCAUCUGCAGGGAAUGGGCUUUAUCUAUGGGAUAUCCUCCAUAGUCCUCAAGGCAUGCGCAAGAGUUCAGCAGUGACAUUGUGUCCUGGUUCUGAAACAGAUCCGCUGGGAGAAAAUGGCAGCACCCCACUUAGGACCGGUUCAGUUAAGUAGAACUUGCCUGACCCCCAGCAGCGAUGUCCUCAUUGGGGAUGAGGUCUUUGCAGAGUGGCCAAACGGUGACAGUGCCACUUUGGUCUUAACAAAGAUUUAGCAUCAACUUGAAUCAGGCUGUGGAUUUUUGGACUAGGUGGCUAAACCAUUAUGGGCUUACUUUACUUCUUAAUUCCAUAACAUCCUUACAUUUCACUUGCAAAGAUAAUUCUGUUAUCAGUCAGCCUGUGACUUGUAGAAAACGUCAGAGGCUGGGUAAAUAAGAAUUGUAGCUGACAUUGUGCAGCUGAUCAGAACAAAACCAUCUUGGGAGAAUGUCAGGAAGGAAUAUAUUGAGGGUUAUUUAACUGUCUGCCAGCAUGACCUAUGAUAUGAACCAUGCAGAAUUGAGUGAAGACUGGCAUGUAGCAGACACAUUCACCGACUGAGAUUAAUGUUAACAUGCCCCCUUCAGGGAAUUCUCUCUGCAUUUAUCGACCUUGUCUUGUCAAAUUAUGUUGCAGGGUUUUCUCUGAAUUUAUGCUUCUACCAGCAUUCAGGUUUAUAGCUCGGCUAUGUGGAUUGAUGAUUCAGGUUUUUGUAUGGGAAGGGUUUGGAGUGGGGAUUAAACAGAAUUUGCUGCGUUAUUUGACAGCCAAAAACCCCAAGUCAUUAUAACUUUCUUGGCAGUAUAGACUAGAACAGUUGGAGUGCUUAAGAUUAGCCGUAACCUGCCUAAUUAUUAAAUCAUAUAACAUCAGAGUCCUCAUAGUGUCAAUUCAUGGAUCUUUAUAUUGUGUGAUCUAAUAAUUUUACUAUAGGCAGGGAACACUGGUGCAAUCCAAAAACUCAGAUUUUAAAUUGAAUCUUGAUAUUUCAAAGUACUGAAGGUUGCUGUGCUGGCAGUGAUGUUGUGACAUGAGUUAUUCCGUAUCGGGAAAACGCAAUUUACUUGAUUUAGGAGACAGUCAUGCAAAGUGUUGAUGCUAUGUUCUGACAUUCUGUCUAAAACACAGAAUAUGUUUUACAUCUCAUUUAAACAAGGAUUCAGAGACCUAAACAGUGCAUCAAAACUUAUUGCUGCAACAAUUCAGAACUAUAUAUGUUUUGGUUUAUAGUUGUGUACAGUAUUUAAAAGGAACUCUGACAUCUGCAAAAUAUGUGGGUGAUGCACUUCAGUCUGCGAUUAACGUAGAACCUACGAGCUUGCAGACUUCCUGUCCCAGUGUGAGCCUUUGUGCAUGCGCCAGUUCCCCUUAAUGAGUUAUACUUAAUCACUGGCCCAUGCACUUCUAAUCUGAAGCUUCCACAUCAAUGCCAAAGAAGGUCAGAAGGAAAAAAAGUGAAAGAACAACUUUUGUCUAUGCAAGUUCUCAGUUUACACAGUGUACGGAUGGACUUAUAUUCCCUAUACAGUGGCACCAACAGUUGCACAUAAACCAGAUUACAUAGAGCCAGUGGGAAAUUGUAUUGUAUGACUACAUUGCAACAGAAGUCAGAUAUUAUUGGCUGCCAACCCAGUUCACCCAAAGUUAUUACCCGUUACAAUAAGCCGUCUCAAUGGCAUUUGUUUUUGCUUCUGUGAAUGUGUUGUUGCCAAUUACUGAGGUUUUCUACCUUUGUUUUAGUGAUUUGUGCCAUGUAUACAUUAUUGAAUACUGCGCCUGGAUAUUCUAUGUGAUGCCUGACAGCCAACUCCUUUAGAGAGAGCAAACUAUUCUGAAACACAAAAGUAGUUUAGGUUUUGCGUGCAUGUGUUAACUAGGGUUGUGCUCUUAAACAAAACGUUUUUUUUUUUUUAAAUUUAGGCUCCUCUCCCCCCCCAAUAGACCAUUUCUAUUUAUGAUUUUAUUGCGUGUUGUAUAUUGAAAUAGCAAUAUACAAAUUCACUUUCUAUCAGUUAAUGGGUUAAUUCACCAUAGGUGACCACAAGUCAAGCCACAGCUUGUUCGAAUCAUAAAACAGACUUCCUGUCACUGUGUCAAUAUUGACCUGUCUACCCAACAGAUCUAUAUAAUACUUCGGUUACUUUUGUCAUGAAUGAAUGCCGGUGUGAGUAUGGGUUAUGUCUCAAGAUCAACAACGAUCUAUCACGAUUUCCUUACAAUGCCAUGUUGCUCAGACUGAGCAGAUUUGCUCAUCGAAAAACCAUCAAAAUGAGUCAUCGCAGAAAUCUAGGGUCUGUGGCCGGUUUUGUUCAAGAGAUAGAUCCCCAGAUUUGGCCUAAAUUGCCAUUAUGCUGUGGGCAUGCCCCUGUAUGAUACCAUGGCAAGAGUGCCCGCUCUUUGUGUUGACACAGUGCUUUGGAUCUAAGCACUCAUGAGCAGGUCUGGAGCAUCAUAUAAAAAUGUCAGACUAUGCCACCUGCUUCUAUUGCAUUUACUCUAGCAAGGAACUGGAAACCCUCACCCUAUCAAAGGCUUUUGAAAGACAUUCCGGGAUAAGCAGCUUGGUGAAGAAAAGUAUAAAACAUACUCCUCUCUGGAUUACUUACCUGUCCAGGGUAAUGUUCUUUUCCAAAGAUGCUCUGGCAACUUCAGAGAAAUGCCAUGUGCAUGCUUGGACAUUUCUUCCAAAGUAUGUGCACUCAAAUUGCCAAAGAGCACUGCAUUAUGGGGGUUGAAUUAAUUUGCAUCUUAUGCUCUAGUUAUGCCAGGACAGUCAGGCAUAACAUUGCAUGUUUUAAAAUUUAAAAACUGUUCCGAACUUAAAAAAACCCAAACACAAGCCCUUAAAUGGUGACAGUGCCAUCCAAGCUCAUUGUACAGUGAUGUGGACUAUGUAUUUUAUUUUUUCAAUUCUUUAUUUUUUAUUUUGCAUUUCUCAAAAAGAGAACUGUUAUACAGAAAUGUGAAAAGGUAGGUAGGUUGCAUUUGUUUGUACAGUACUGUUGCUAGCACACAUAGGCUUGUAUUAUCAACAAUCUGUCUGUUGUCUCCCGCGGGAGGGUUUGGUGUUCGGGGUAAUGCUUUUCGUGGCCUGAGCGGGGCCUCUUAAGAGUGGUUUCUAGGUCUCUGGUCGUCAGGGAUUAAUCUGCGAUGGUGUUGUGGUAACUGUCCAUUCGGUUGGCUAGGUUGGUUGCAUUCUUAUGGUUGAGUGCUGUUAAGCAGUGAUGUGUGGCCCUGUGGGUCUCCCUGUCGUUCUGUGCCCAUGUAACUUUUGCUUGCCCGCUGUGGGCUUGUAGUGGUCUUUCCCCCAGGGGUCAUUUGCGGGAUUGUGGUUUGUGUCCUGAGCGUUCCGUGCAGGGGUGUUAGGGGUGGGUAUGGAGUGGGGCAGAAGUUUUAGAACUGGGAAAUCAGAGAGAUAGAAGGGUGGGUUGGGUAUCGGAGUUCGCCGCCGCAUGUGGCCCCAGCCAGUUGGUUGGGGGGGAGGGGGAGUGCUGUGGGGGUAGGGAUGACUGUGUCGGGAGUACUGUCCACUUUCGGUUGGACUAUGUAUUUUAUUUUACACCUUUCUUGUGUGUUAGCUUUUGUAUCAAACAAAUUUAUUGAUUUUAAUAGUAAAAUAUUUAUAUUAAUGCUGGUUUAUAUAAUAGUUUCUUGCAGCCAACAAGAUAGAACAUCUCUAAGAGCCCUUAAGGCUUGAAGGCUGUCUCUCACAUUAAGAUGAAGGAAUAUUCAGCAAAGCUAUAGCAAUCUUGGUGACAAGCUUUGAAGGUGGCUUGGGUUAUAUUAAUGCAAAAACAUCAUUAAAAGAACAUAUGAUUGAUGAGGCGUACAUUCUGUGAACACUAAGGCGUUCCCUUUCAGCACUACAGGCAAGUUUUGUGUGAUACAAGAAAAGGAGGGGGAGGCUGGAAGAACUCGUUAAGUUAAAAGGACCAGCUUGGGCACCAUAACAACUUCACCAAAAUAGUUUAAUGAAUGGUUCCAGCACUGAAACUCCCUUCCUCUCUGUCCUUCUGUUUUUCUCAAAAUCCAGAAAUCAAAAUAAUCGGGCAGGAGUGCUGCUGAUUGGCUGAGAGUGGUCAGCUGAUGCCCGCAGCCAAUCAGUGAUUCAUCAUUCAUAAAACUGUCCAAACCCCUUCUUGGGACUUUUUAGGGUGCUUUUAAUCCUGUAGGGCAGGACUUAAUAAAUCCCGGGUUACCAUGGCGACUAGUAACUUUGUCCUGAAACGUGGGUGUUUGUCAGCCCGUUCAGCAGAGGCUAUCGGCUGAGAGAGCAUGGAGGCGGCAGCGAGGGAGCUGUAACCCUGUGCUCAUUUUUGCUCUGCUCCCUUUCGCGCCCUGCUGUGAUACUGGGAGACCGAAUAUGACGAUUACAGCACAGCUGCACCCUGGACCCCAAGGGGGAAGGUUAGGGAGGCUGGGUUGACUUAAAUGAAAAAUAAAAAAUCAAUUUGUAAAUGUGUGUGUCGGUGAGUGAUUCUGUUCAGUAGACCGCCACCUCUACCCCAUGGGAAGGGCGUUUUUUUUUUUUAAAAAAAAAUCACUUUAUUUUUUCCAUGCUGUGCCUGGCCCCGCCUCCAUUGGUUGAGAUAAUCAGUCUUGAAGAUCUCAGCCAAGCCAGUGCUUUCCCAUAGGAAAACAUUGGGAGACUAUUGAACAUGCGUGGAAAAACUCUGCACUGAGCCAAUCGUAUCUCCUCAUAGAGAUGUAUUGAAUCAAUGCAUCUCUAUGGGGAACAUUUAGUGCCUCCAUGCAGAACGUGGAGAUGCUGAAUGUAGUUGCUGCACGCUACAGGACUAGGAAUCACCUCUAGGAAGGUGUAGGGGACUCGUUGCCAUUACACACCUGUCUCCAACAUGCUGUAUGUGCAGAUGAUCAAUAUAUGCACUGAAUUUAUAUUACCCACCCGGAACUCUUGUUCCAGCUGGGAUAUUUACAACACAAUGAUACUGCUGAAAGUAGAGUUACACCUCUUACAGGCAAUUGGUUAAACUAUGUGUGCGCAGCAUUUUGCUGCACCUUGACCACUAAACUAGUCAUGGUUCUUGGUGUAACCCUUUAAGAUUCCUUAACGAGUUCCGUCUUUGAAGAGAGCGCCAUCUGUAUGAGACUGGUCAGCCAGAAACUUAUUUUUAUUUUAUUUUUUUUACAAUAUGUAUAUUCGUCUCUUGCAUCAGCACAUCAAAAAAAGUGUUAGAGGUCUAAUAAUGGCAGCAUUUGAAAAAAAAAAUGUUGAGGUACACUAAGCACCCAGACUACUUCAGCUCAUUGAAGUGGUCUGGGUACAGUGUCCCUAUUGCACUUAGUGCUGCAUUGUUAAACAUUGCAGUUCCAGCUCUAAGUCUGCCCACAGUGGCUGGCUACCAGACAGCCACUAGAGGGCUUCCUGAAUCGAAAUGGACCUUUGGUCUGGUAUCUGAUGCAGGAUGUCCUCACGCUCUGUAUGAGGACAUCUUGCAUCAUAGCGUGUGGCGCAUUAACACACGCACGUUGUGGGCUGUCGGAGGGACAUCAGCGCUUGGAAAAGGUAAGUAAAUAAGGGUUGUUAACCCUUUAUUUAUGAGGGGGUGGUGGAUGGAGGAGGAAGGCAGGGGGAAUGAUAGUGCCAGGAAUACACCUUUGUAUUGGCAUCCCUUUACCCUUAUAACAUUUCAUUAGUAGGUAGAAAAUACAAUUUUCUAUUCGCACUACUCCACUUUGUAGGAUGGUACAGUGCAGUGCCUAUACCAAACUAUAUGUCCAAUGCCUUGGAUCUGAUAAUUUUACAAAAUGUUAAAAAUCUGCUGCAAAUAAUUUGUUAUUCACUGGCAAAUCAUGCGAAAAAUCUCAAAGCUUUUACAUUUUAAAGGGCUGCUGAUUGCGUCUGGAUAAACAAACUUUCCCUUCUACAUGACUUCUCAGGAUUCGAACCCUUCAGGCUGUUGAAAUAGUUGUGAGAUUACUGUCCAACAUCCACAUUGUGAGCACUUUAUUGACAUUACUCCAUUCCUUGGGGGCUUCUGACUCUGCUGAGAAUUUUUCAUCCAAACCACAUGGAUUCCACUAAGUCAGGUCCUCUUGUGUCCUAACUUGCAGUAUCCCCCACGGCAGGUGGCACCUCCUCCCACCACCUCUAAAUAUCACCCAAUGUAUCAGAGCGUAAGAUACCUGCAUUCCUUAUAUAAGGGGUCAUCACCUUGCAGCGUUCAUCCUGAUGUUUUCAUGGUUUAACUGAACCUGUUGUGUCGAUAUAAUCUAUUUCCCCUAGCCCUUCCCUUGUCAUGAAUCAACAUCUUGCUGGCACCAGCGAAAUAAAGCAAUAUUAUGUUGUUUGGUUAUUUUUGCAUUAGCUAGAAUGAUAUACACAAGGGCAAGUCACAACCUGCAGGAGUGUUAUUUACUUUGGGUUUCCAGACUAGAUCAAUUUAUUAGUAAGGCAAGAAUAGAACAUGACCCAAAAAUAAGGACUCUUACUCAUGUAACUGUCUUUUUUUCAGGUGAUAUAUAUGUAAUUGGUUAUUUUGGUGUAAAAAGAUCCUUCUAGCAGAACUAUAACUGCCAACACGUCCCAUGGGGAUUCAAUGGCAGGAGAUGUUGGGUGAUCUAUUCAUGCAACAAGGUCAAUGUUGAAAGCUGUGAAAUAAACUUUCUGGACUCUGUACUGAUGUACUUUCUUUCAUCACAGGUAAUUGCAGUGGUGAUGGACACUUUUACUGAUAACGACCUUUUCCGGGACAUGCAUGAGGCGUGCAGGAAGCGUAGAGUUCCAGUCUACAUCCUUGUGGACCAGUCACAUCUCCCACACUUUCUAACCAUGUGCCAAAACCUGGGAGUCUCCCUUGAGACAGAGCAGGUAAAAGCAAAAUAAACUGGAAACUACAUGAUCCCCACAAUUUGUACUUUAAGAAGUUUUUGUUUACCAUCUUUGCACAAACUAUCUUUGUAUCUCGUAUCAAACCAGAGAUUUAAAAUUCUUCGAUAAUUUCUAUAAUAUGAGUUUAUAGAGAAUUAUCACUGAAGAGAUGCAUUGUACAAACAUAUGUCAACUAUGGUUUUAUUCUUUACGAUAUGCCAUAUUAAAAUGUGUACUUUCUCCCAGCUUCAAAACCAUAACUCAUUUUUUAUCUAAUUAAGAACUGGUGGUCUCUGUCAUGGCAGUGUAGUCAUUGGAGACCGGACGUUGACAUGGAAGUCAAUGUUCUCUACUAGUAGUACAACAUUCUAGAUCUGUUAGUAGAAUGUUCCAUGGGCCAUGAUUUAGGGCAUGGGUUGGCACUCAAGAUGUUUUGGACUACAUCUCCAUUAAUGCAUUGCCAGCAUUAUGCCUGUAGGAGCAUUCUGGAAGAUGUAGUCCAUAACAUCUGGAGUGCCAAAGGUUGCCUACCCCUGCUUUAGGGUAUACUCAGACUAUUAUAAUGAAAGCUGGUACCGGUAUUGGUCCUCAAAAAAGACUCUCCAAGCACUGUGGACAGCUUGUGCCCUCUGUGUGGCUUUCUAAACAAAAGGUCUCCAGUUUUUUUUUCCUCUCUCUACAAAAACUGGCUUAUACUAGACUUUUUAUUUGCAGUUCUUCAGCAUUUACCUAUUUCUAGGUGUGUAAACAACCUGAUUUAAUUACUAAUCUAUAUACAUAUUUGAAGCCUGUCUCUGGCACAUUCCUUAUUUUACAAAAUAAGAAGUGUGUGGUUUUUAGAAUAAAUUGAGGAUUCAUUUUAAAUGAGAGCUUAUAUUUCAUGCUUCUAAUUAUUUGAUACCUCUGUUCCUCAGCUGAUGCGGGUCCGCACAUUAAAUGGAAGCAACUAUUAUACUCGUUCUGGGGCCAAGAUUGUUGGCAAGGCACGAGAGCGGUUCCUCCUUGUGGAUGGGCUGAAGGUAGCUACAGGGAGUUAUAGGUAUGUAUGAUUAAAAAAAAACCUUUUUGACCUCUUCUACAACUUUUGUUUAGGAUGCUAUGGUUAACAAUGGUGGUACAGUGGUGCUGUCUGAUGUCUAAGAGGACAAUGUUGUUUCAGGCGUUGCAUGUGUUAAGUAUAUGAUCUUUGUGCCCAGCUUGGACACAUUUUUAUAUGCAUCACCAAUCCUAUAACGUUACCCUUCUUGGAAGUCAGCUGUGCUAUAAACAAGGGCUAUAGAAUGUAGCAAGUACCACUUCAUGGUCAGUUUAACAUUAAUAAGAGUUUGUAGAAGUAUCCCCAAAUUUGAAUGAUAAAAAAAGUGCAUCCACUCAUUUUAGCAAUUUAACUCCAUAAACUUAGCAUCAAGAUCUCUCACUAUGCAAAUGCCAUAGUUUUGUCCAGAGCUGUGCUUUUAGUAUCACAGGACCUUUAUAAAAAUAUUGAUAAAGGUAUUGUGGGAUGGAAACAUAGCUAUGUUGGUGGUGCUAUGUGAAAGCAUGGUCUCUACCCACUUUGAGCAUACAAUAGAUGAAGAUGGUGCAAACAACAUUAGACAAAGGGAUAUUUCCACCAGUAUGAUCCAGACAGAGAGGACCAGAUUCCCACAAAAAUCCAAUGGUAGUAGAUACUGUGAAAAACGUGCUUAUUAUUACAACUUUUCGAUUUCCACCUUGGUAUUCCACUAAACUCUAGGGAGUUGAAAAAGUAUCACUAUUGACAGGCUACUGUAUUCCCUGCUGUGGUAAAGAAUUGUUAGACAGGAGUAGACAGCUGCAGAGUCUUCUAAAUAACAAAUAGUAAAGUAAACUGAUGCAAGUCACAAAACUCAUUUACCUGAAAUGUUAAUGAAUGGGAAAGGCAAAAAAGUAAAAAUAUAUAGACUACUGUAAUCAAAGAAAGAAAAUGCGUUGGGCUUUGUUUCACCGAUCUUUGUUUUGCCUCCACAGCUACACAUGGAUGGAUGGAAAGCUAAAUAGCAGUAAUUUAAUAGUACUGAGUGGCCAAGUGGUGGAGAAAUUUGAUCUUCAGUUUAGGGUCUUGUAUGCCCAGUCCAGUCAAAUAAAUGCCAAAUCUCUGUCUAACACAAAAAAUCGUGCUGUCUCGCUGGACCAGCUACUGUGCAAUCUUCCAAGCCAUAGAAAAACAACUGUGAGCAACCUUGUCCAAAUGGAGUUGGCUAAACUAUCCAGUACACCAAAGAGGGUCAUUAAUACCAGAAAUGUUAAAGAAGUUCCUCCCGUGGAUGCCCCAAAGACUUCAGAAGAUGAGUGGUUGCAGAAUUGUGAUAUCAUCUCUGGCCUCAAAGAGAUGGAGAAUGUUGCCACUCAGACAGAACCAUGUGAAUUCCGUGCAAGUAUAAUGGCAAUGGAUGCAGCCACUCAAACUAGUGUGUCAUCAAGUAUUGCUGCGACACAAACUUUUAUGCCAGCUAGGGUAGCUUCCACCCAGACUGUAGUAUUUUCCAGAGAGAUGACAACUCAAACGUCACAAACUAGCGAACCUUUAACAGCAAAUGUAGGCCAAAGUACGACAACUUAUUCUACCGGAAUCAAGUUGCCCACUACCUCCUCCACCUCUUCAUCCUCCUCUUCAUCUUCUGCUUCAACCAUCAGCACUGGCUCAAGCGCCUCCAUCCGAUCAAUUGGCAUGGUGGGCAGCAGGCUGCAACAGUCUGACUACCCACUCAGGGACAACAUAAAGAAGCUCACAAAAGAGCGCCAGUAUCAUUAUUCCACCAUUCGUUCUAAGCUGGACCAUAUGGUUUCCAUACUGUCCAGGAAGAAUCGUUUCGGCAGUAGUUACCUGGGCUGUGAGCCAGCUGGCUAUGGCUUUCAAAGGAGGGACGUGCUGCACAGUAGUCUUCUCAAUCUUCGUGAUGGGGCACGAUUUGGCGCCCACAUAUAAAACCCAAACUUUCAGAAAGCAUGGCAUCUUUAAUUUUAACCUUUCUCACAGCAGUGUUUCCAGACAGUGCAUCUAGAUAACCUUUCAUGGUUAUGGUAACCUCUAUGAUGAGGUUUUGAGAGUCCACCACUGUGCUGCUGUUUACGCACUUUAGACAUGAUGACUGACUGCUAAACUGAAGUUGGACUGAGUAGAAAAUCCCAUAAGUAUCUGCAAUUCUAGAUCAUCAUGCAUCUAGACUAGAUCCCUCUGUGGUUUUAUUUUUUUAAUGUUUUGUACAAAAUCUAAAAAAAACUCUCACCUGUCUUGUAUGCUUUGAGGGCUUCACUUUGCCCCCACCCUUAAUCACCCCAAGCAAUAGAGGUCAUGUCUUCUCUUGAUAUCAGCAGCUAUGACAUUCUCCAUUUAUCUCCUCGAGCAAUAAGAUGAACAAGUUCAAACGUCUUUGUAGUGUAGCUGCAGGAAUGAACUAUAACACUAUUUGUCAUCUGCUGUUUGUAAUAGUGCGGGUUAACCAUAUACUCUCUGAUGUAGACUGUAGGCUCUUAAGGACAUUUGGUAUAAUAUAAUGCCUGUAUGAUCCUUGGAGACAGUCAGCCUGUGCUACUUUUUGUUUUUAUCGUGUGGUGGUCGUGGGAUUCUGUUUGUCUUAAGUCUAUGUGUCUAUGUUUGAAAAUCUUUACAUGUCAAAGAGCACCCCCUCCUCCCCUAUAGUUGUUAAUUAUUUAACAGUUUAACUUCCCGGAAUAAGUCUGUGUCUAUAACAAUGAAAAUUGCAACAUAAUCCCACACUUUAUUGUGGUUCUCCUCCGUUCCACGCAGCUCUGGAUCUUUUUCAAAUAAGACAUUGUGCAAUUAGUUUAAUAUUUCAGCCUGCUGUGUGUUAUUGUGUGGAUUCCAAUACUUCCUAAGGAAGUAGAUUACAUUUAUAGCUUUUGUUACAAAGUUCUAUAGCUCUGUGGUGGUACUCUAGUACAGAGAAUGCAGCAAGCGAACAGGAUUACAUUAUAUAUCCUAUUUGCAGUAGGUAAUGGCCAAAACAGCAAAGUUCCGAUUUUACUAGUAACUAUACCUUUUGUGUGUUUUUUGGUUUGUUUGUUUUUCUCUGUCUUCUUAAAGUCACAUUAUAUUUUAUUUGCUGUUCUCGAUCCAUACAAUCUAGGAUAUUGUGUGGUCUCUGGGUAAUGAUCCUGGUACAUGGUGUUUGUCAUUUUAUGUACAUACAUUUAAUUAGUUAUAAAGGGUUGAGCAGCAAGUAUUUUAUGACUGCAUUAUUGAACUUUGAAAUUGGACUAACUUGUUUUUUUUUAACUCUAAACCCAUCCCAUAUUUCAAACAUUGUACUUUAUGAAGACUAACACUCUUAUUAAAGAAGAAAAUAAAUCUAUAAAAUGCCAUUCAAUGUUGUAGCUCCCAUUUAAAAUGGAAGUCCCACUCUUUAAACAAACAUUGCUAUUAUGUUAAUAGUACAACAUCUAUAUUUUAAUGAAGUAUAUACACCUUUGAAAGUUACUGUGCAUACAGAUUAGUACUCGUCCUGCAAGAUAAUUUGUAUAUAAUAUAAAAUAUUCAUUGCAACAGUCUGUUCUAUAGAAAUUGCCAAAUCCCCAGCAACCACAAACACAUUUUAAUAUAUGAAAUGUGAUGACACUUGUAAAGUACCCCCCAUGGCUUGUAAAUCACUGUUAGGACGUAGCAUGCAAUAUUCACUCAUUUGUCUGCUUAAGGGAGACAGUCAAACACUGGUUCCAUUGUUCCUGCUAUAUUGAAUAUAUGCAUUGUUAUUACAUGUUACCUUGACUAGAAAUGUUGAAUAGAUUAGAAAUAAUCUGGUGUAUUCACCAAGUACUCAUGCCUUUAUCUUGAAACAAAGAACCAAUAUAAGUUGUUGGGGGGGGAAAAAAAAAAUAAGUUGUUGGGGGCGAAAAAAAAAAUAAAAAUAAAAAAAUAUAUAUAAAAAAAAUUUUUUUUUCAACAUAUUCUAAUUAUGGUUUUCUGACAAUGCACAGUUGGAAGUAAAUUAAUGGCAGACGCCCAUUAGGUAUGAAAUGCUGACUUCCUGAGACCAUACAAGACAAGUUCCUAAGCUGAGAUGUCUUACAGGUGUGGCCAUUUUAAUGUGUAUAGUUAAUUUUGAAGCUUUACUGUCAAGCUGUAUUUUUUUUUUUUUUGGACCUGUGCAAAGGUGGAGGGAACCUAGCGUGGUUAUCUGAACUUCAAAAUGUAUAUUUAACUCCUUAACACUGUUUAGCAAUGUACGAUGUAUUGCUGGGAUUGACCUGCUUUUGUGCUUAAGGUUUUCCAGUUCCUGCAUGUGUUACAGAACACACAUCAGUACUGGUUUUUAAGUGCAGGGCGUGAAAAGUUCUUCCCUGUAAUCUGCAGCAUUUAUAGCCUUGCUAUAAGGGACCUUCCUAUGCUGCCAAUCACAAUACAGAUUUGAUAUGAAUUUCAGGAAUACUUGGUGGAUCUGACAGCCAUAAAUAAGGUACAAACAGAUGGCCAAUAGAUGUAAGAUGGAGAUUAAGCACUUUUUGGUACACGUGUUUUUAUCUGUUUUGUGUCACAUUGUGUAAAAUGAUGAUUUUUUUUUUUUUUUUUUUGU